CACACACACACACACACACACACACCCCAGCAGCAGCAGCCACAGCGCAAGUCAUCCAGCCUUUAUUUUUCAAACACACGGUAGCCGUCCAGUCUGUCUAGCCAGACCGGCACAAACUGCGGACAUCUGGUUGCCAUGACCACAAAGGAAGCCUCGCAGGCCACGAACGCCUCACGCUACGUCGGGACGCAGACACUACGCAGGUACGCAGACACGACGCGGGCAGGGUCCGUAGCUCGACGAUCUGCUAACUACGUCUGAUUGAGUUCGGCGUUCUUCUCUCGGCCCUUGCGCUUGCGUACUACGGCUCGUUCCCGUCACCGCGUCCCGGAUCGGGAAGUGUCAAAGUGGGAGCCGGGAUCCCCCGCCUUCGCCGCCGCUACUGCUGAACCCGGACCCUUCAUCCCGGCCGGGCCCUACCGCCAUGACGAACGUGUACUCCUUGGACGGCAUUCUGGUGUUUGGUCUGCUCUUCGUAUGCACCUGUGCCUACUUCAAGAAAGUACCUCGUCUCAAAACCUGGCUGCUCUCAGAGAAGAAGGGCGUUUGGGGCGUGUUUUACAAAGGUAAGGUCUUCUCCAGACCCAGAGAGGAGAUAGAGCUUUCUCGGCAGCAUGGUUCUCUAAACUACUGUGAUUGGGACCCGGCUGCAUGCUGCUGUUGCAAUUGCCUGCAUUGUAAUGGCCUUUUACGUCCUGUUUAUCAAAUGAAUUCCAAAGUAUCCCACUCAUCAACCGCCAACCAAGGGGAUAAAGAUGAAGAACUUGUUGGAAACCUGGACCAAGUGUAGGAGAGUCCAGCUAAACUCAUCAGUGCCCCUAAGAUGACACAGCAGCAUCUGCCUGCCACAUGUGGGCAACACUCAUGGUCACGAACAUUGUUUUUACUCCAGGGGACUCCAGAAAGCCAACUUUUUUGAUCUCUGUGUUAAUCAGCCCUCAGCAGCAAGCAUAUAUCUCCAGAUAAAUCACACCCCUUGGUGAUAUGAUUAUGUACCUCCUGCUUCAAAACCUGGGCUGCGUGGUAGCUCAGUAGUAGAGCAUUUGCUUAGUAUUGUCAAGGUCCUGGGUUUGAUCCCCAACACUGAAAAAAACAACCUGUAAUUGGACAUCUAUUUUGCUCUUCAGUCCAUCAUCAGAACCUUUUAAAACUGAAGCUCAUUAGGGAAGGAUAUAGGCUGUGUUCAGACUUCCUAGAAGGGAAGACCUUAUUGGUUUUUUGGUUUGUUUUUUGUUUUUUGUUUUUUGUUUUUUUUUUUUUUUUUGAGAUACAAUCUCUGAAUAUCCCUGGCUGUCCUGGAGCUCUCUGUGUAGACCAGGCUGGCCUCUAACUCACAGAGACCUACCUGCCUCUGCCUCCUGAGUGCUGGGAUUAAAGGCAUACAUCAGAAGAUAAUUUAAGGCUUGAUUUUAUUGGCUAAUUUGAAUCUGGUGAAUUGGGGAGGGAGGGUGGGACUGAGUGGGAAAUAGGAGUUAUAAAAGGUCAAGAAAUAGUUUGGCUUUUGAAAUGUGUAUUUUCUAUGCCCGUCUGGGAGUUUAAGAGAACAUGGUUCUCAGUGUAGAGAGAACAGAUUGCCAUGUGCUGGUAGCUUGAGGGUUUUUCCAAGAUAAACCAAGAAUGUGCAUUCUAGGGUUGUUGGUUUGGAGAAGCAGUGGCUGAGACAGGAAGCAUUUUCUGCUCACCAGUGUCCUCAAAGAAGAUUCCACCUGACCAACUGAUAGGUAGAAAAUGAACCAAUUCUUACUAUUUCCUAAAGCUUUUGUAAUACUUUCUAAAUUACUUAGUGCUAAAUACUGUUACUCAGUUUUAAAUACCAAUGCUGGGGGAAGGAACUAUUGAAUAAAUAAUUGACUAAUAUAUUUGAAGUUCUGGUAGAAGAGAUAAGUAAAUUAGUAUAUCAAUUCAUAUACUAGUAAAUUCAUCUAGUAUAAGAAUUUAUUGUAAUGAAAGUAUAUAUAGAUGGGAAUUCUGUCAUGUUAUAAAAGACACAAGCUUGUUCUUUAAUCUGGGUUACAGCAAUUUUUAAUUGUGUCUCUGCAAACUCUCACUUUUCUUCAUACUGCAGUAUUUCACUGGUGUAUUUUACUGUAAGACCACGAGAAAUUGAAAUGAGAGGAGUCGUUGAUAUUACCAUAUUGGACAGCUCAUAGAAUCCAUUAAUAAAAUGAGUGUGUUACUGAGUAAAGGAAAACGGAACUUCCAGCUGAGUAUUCAGGGAUUUUCCAUGGAAUGUGAGGACUUCUGGACAGAUGAUGUUAGAUAACAACGUUUGCAGGGAAGAUUUCUCCAUUCCUUCCUCCUUAUGCCUGCAAAAGAAUCAGCUGUUAGGUGUAAAGUCUACAACAAUCUAAAAAAAAAAAAAAAAAAAAAGAGAGGUCUAAUACUAAUAAUACACAAGGGUAUACACAGAUGUUCCAGUUGAGUUGUCAUCAUAAAGCUUGAGUGGACACGCGCUGCGGCUCACUCGCAGGGGAAGUUAAGUUCUCUCGUCUGCACACGCUGCAAGAACAAAGGCUGCUGGGACGUGGGUUCCCAUGCACCCGAGUCUUUGAUUGCAGCGAUAUAAAGCACUGCAUGUGUGAGCAUCUCUCUUCAGGAAUUGGUCCAUAGGGCGGACGGCAGUGAUCGCUGCUUUCCGUGGUCAUUCCUGAGGAUUGUACACAGGAGAGAAAGAAAUCUGAUGGAUCUGCAGAGAUGCAGAGAUCCUGAGAGAAAGAAAUCUGAUGGAUCUGCAGAGAUGCAGAGAUCCUGGGAUGAGUUGGGGACCUGUUGACCUACUGGGUGUCCCGUGGGAAGCAGGUUCAGCACUAGUUACUUUGUGUUUACUGACUUGUUUUCAAAUGGGGCUGAUGGCUCCAACUUGGGUCUGCAGAGCACCUUCAUUUCUUAAACAGCUUUUCAUUCUGCAGCUUCUUUCAUGGCUCCUCUUGGCCUAAAUGCCUGAGUUGAUAGAUUUUAAGAUGUUUUCUUACCAGAAUGUUCCAAAAAGUACAUGAAGAAGCAAAUACCCUAUUUCACUUCUUGACUCUUGACUUUAUGUAAGCAGGUACAUAGGAACCUGGUGUACUUACUGUUUGGGCUGAUGUGUCUCAUUUUUGGCAAAGAAAAACAAUGAUAAAUUUUUCCUCUAGGGGAAGUUCUUUAGGGGUGGAAGUUGGAGGGUCGCGAUAUUGCUUCAGAUUCAGGUUCAUCACCACGAACCCUGCUCACCUGGAUCAAAUGAAAUCAGCUCCUUUUUAUAGUUGAAAUACCAUUUUUUAUUCACCAUUGUUGGCACAGUCCUUGAAAAUAAACCUUUUUCCCUGUGGUUAC